CAAGAGACAAAAACAAAUUUCUGCACAAAGGAGCACAAAUACACUUGUCGUCGCGUUUCAAUUCAGGGUUGUUUCUGUCUGGACAUCAUUUGUUCAGAUCACGGAUACAAUUCUAAUAUAAACAUGGUUUCACCUGUUACUGUGGUAAAAAGUGAAGGCCCGAAACUGGUGCCCUUCUUCAAAGCCACCUGUGUCUAUUUUGUCCUGUGGCUGCCCACCUCCAGCCCAUCCUGGUUCAGUGCCCUUAUUAAAUGUUUGCCGAUUUUCUGUCUCUGGGUCUUCCUGCUGGCUCAUGGCAUCAGCUUUUUAGGAGCCCACUCAAGUGCUAGAAAGAUCCUCGCAGGACUCAUAUUCUCAGCUCUCGGCGAUGCCUUUCUGAUCUGGCAGGAGCAAGGUUACUUCAGUCAUGGGCUGCUGAUGUUUGCCAUUACACACAUCUUGUAUUCAUCUGCUUUUGGGAUGAAACCACUGAACCUUCGAGCAGGCCUGGUCAUCGGCACUAUCUCAGGCCUUUGCUAUAGCCUUCUCUACCCUUAUCUUUCCGGCCCCUUCACCUACCUGGUGGCCGUCUACAUCGCUCUGAUAGGCUUCAUGGGCUGGAGGGCGAUCGCUGGUGUUCAGCUGACCAACGACCUGUGGACAUGGACCAAGCUGUCAGCUUGCUUAGGAGCUGUUCUCUUCAUGGUGUCAGAUCUCACCAUUGCCGUGAACAAAUUUUGCUUCCCUGUGCCGCACUCCCGUGCCAUCAUCAUGGCUACGUACUAUGCGGCACAGAUGCUAAUCGCCCUUUCGGCCGUGGAGUGCCAGGAUGCUGACGUAGCCAGGAAAAAAGUUGUUUGCUCUACUGCUGGUUUUGUUUGGUACCUGACCUCUUGAAAUCACUUACACAUAAGCUAUCGACCUUCCUAAGAACUAGCACUCACACUCCUGCAGUCUCUUACACAGGUACCUUGGACAUGCCUAUAUUCUCACAUCAUUGUUAUGGUUAAUGUUUCAAUAUCUUUUGAAGGGAUAUUGUUUUAAUGCAAAAAUAGUAUUGAUGAUAUUUGUACUUCUGUACUGGGCUAAACGUAACAUAAGACAGGCUCAGCAGCAUGAAACAAAAACCAGAUAAAAAGGAAAGUCGCCACCCCUUGUGUCUUUUUAACUACCUAAUCCUGGGCUCUACUGUUGUGUACAAUUUCUUUUCAUUAGCAGUCGAUUAUGGCAAACUUAUAAUAAUUAUUCUUAAGCAGGAAGAAGUAUGGAAAAAUAGAAUUAUAACCUGAUGGCCCUUGUAUGAGAAUCAUACUUACAUCCUCAAAUGAGGACCAUCUGGUCUUAAGAGGUCAAGAUCCCUUGAUAGUCAAUCAUCAGCAUUAUGAUACUGCUCUACUACUACAUAGAUGUAAAUAAUGAUGUUCUUUAAUUCAAUUCAGGUGUGUCUUUUUACAGAUCUAGUCAGACAUUUAAUUGUAGAAAUUAAAUUAUACAUAGCCUACUGUACAAUAUACUGUAUUUUGUUUACCGCCUAGUUCAAGUGGGAACAGAAAGCAUGCUCGGUCGCAGCUGCACUGCACUGAAGCAUAAUUUGGACAGACCUUGUAAUUCAUCUCUUUGUGUCUGCUAUAUGCUUUCCAAAAGUCUUUAUUUUCGAGAGGAAGCACAGUACAAUCAAGGCUUUAGUGGUACCAUGUCAUCCUCAUGAUAGUCAAAUAUUCUCUACUAUAAACAAGAGAUGAACAAUCUAGGAAUGACAAUACUGAUCAAACCAACCACAUCCAUCUUUUAUUUAUUUAUUUAUAAGGGGAUUUUUUUUUAAUAAUAUGAUUUCACCCUGUAUACGUCCUAUAAGCCUUACCAACCUAAUGUUCACGCUGGGAAAUUGCUGGCACUUGCCUCAUACAAUAUGUGUCAGACUUAACCUAAGAUAUACUCAAAGCACUAACGCGCUCUGUUCCUCACCACGCUUGAAGGAGGAUUUUACUCAAGGUGAUCACAUUACAAAAAAUCCAUCCAAUCCUGUCCCUAGCAGUGUAUUUGAUUUCCAGUGGAUUGUUCAGCUUAUUAAGUGUCAUCAUUCAGUCUACCAGUCCAGAUGUGUAAUGUAGCAGAAUUGUCUGGUAAAAUAAUUAUAUAUAAAAGAGGGAUCAGCAUCUUUUCUCCUGUUCCACUGCUAAAAAGGGGAAACAAACUUGCAAAUGCUGUUGGGUGCUUUAAGUGUUUAGCUGUCAUGCUUGGGCAAGAUACAUAAUCGGUUAAGCAUACAAAGCCCUAUACCAUUACAGAAAAGUAGCAGGCAGAUCCCUGCAUGUCACCCCAAGUUUCAGCUGAAUGUGUUUUUAAUCCCCCUGUUAAUCAUCACACACACAUACCUACUUACUCAUGGCAUGUUUGUAUUUAAAUAUUUAAUAUUUAUCCUUUUAUGCUGUGUGUUACCUGUAUUUAUUUAAUAUAUAUCUUCAUUAAACAAUGCAAUACAAAAAGUAAGCGAUUUAUAGGAUAUCUUUUAUUUGCUCAUAUUUUUUUUUUGUUCAUUUCACCUGCCUCUUCAUCUGCAUUUAGGUUUAACGGACAACUUGAGAUAUGUUAAGGAUUUAAAUCUCUACAGAGAAUAACGAUCUUAAGCACGAGCACCCAAAUGCAGACAUGCACCACAUUUACUGCUGCACCAUUGCGACAGGUUCGGGUACUUUAGUUCAAAGCUGUGUGCAGUUUCACAAGCUCCAUCUUCCCUAUAGACGGUCAUGUGGUCAGCAAAACAUUUGCUUAGUCAGUGUAAAGCAUGCCAAGUUACUGCAUUGUCAUUAAAAAAAAGGCUCUUUGCAGUUAUCAUGUGUUGUCCUGUUUUUCCAAGUUCAGUGUUUAGUCUCCAUCCGAGCAAGAGACAAAGGGAUGACAAAUUUUUAUUCUAAGGUCGGGUUAACAAUCGGAUUUUUAAAAUGGCUCUGUGUGUUAAAAUGGCGUUCUUUUUCAGACAAAUCUGUAAAAGCACAGAUGAUGUCAGGUUAAAUCAGAGUGUUGAACGCAGGCUAUGUAAUGUGAUUACAUGUUUUUGUAUGUGAACAAUCCAAAAGAACUUAGGUGUAGAGCCUUAUGUAUUAAUUGCAACCGAUCUAAGUCUCUCUUCUGCUUCCAGAAAGUAAUGAACGCUCGAUCCCCUGCAUGUUUGUCCCCCAAGAACUGAACAGGUUCACAGGUUCAGACAAACAGCCUAUCCUCAAAUAAUCUAGCCUUUGUUUAGAGGCUGUACUGUAGCAGAGAACAGAGAACAGCCCCUCACAACGGAAACCCAAUCCGUUGUGAGGGGCUUUUUGAAUAAGGAUAUGUAGGACAACACAGGAGGGAAGAUUCCCUUUCCAUCAGGCUUUGAGCUCACAGAAGGCCCCAUUUGACCCCUGCUACAACUCAUCACUUUAUGUCAACACGUCUACUGUUACUGGUUGUACAGUAAAUGCAGACAAAGAGGUUUAGAGGAACACAGUAUGAAUGAAGUGUUGAUGACAGUAUCUGUGUAUACCAGCUCUCUUUACUAUACUGGGUAAACUUUUCUUUUGUUAUGUUGCUUUUUUAAACCACUUUCCGUAAUGUGGUAACUACAUAUAAUACUAAUGAUUACUAUAAAUACUAAUAAUUUAAUACAUUUUCAAUAACCAUCAGAUAUCUAAAAGCGUCCAUAAACGAGAAUCUGCUUGGAGUGUUACCUUUUACUCAAGUUACUGUGUUUUAGAACAGGGACACUUAAGUCUUAGCAAUAUUAUCCUUGGUACAUACUGGGAACAAAUAUAAGGAUUCUGAGCCUAAAUGUCUCUAUAUAUCUUAUUUGUUUUUACAUAAAAUCUGAUUUCAUUUAUUUAUUUUUUUUUUUCUAUUAUCAUACAGUACCUGUGGCCUGCCAUCAUCACUAACCUUAAUACUUAAAAAAAAAGUUAAAAUCAUGUUUAUAAGCAUAAAGGUAUGCUGCUUUGUGUAUGGAGAUCAUAUUAUUUUUUUGCUUGAGGUUGUGAUUGAUUUAAUUGCUGUGGUCACCAGGUCAAGUAGGACAAAUUAAGCAAAAAAAAAAAAAAUUUAAUUAAAAGAAAUAUAUAUAUAUAUAUUUCAACUACCAAAAAAAAAAGGACAAGAUUCUUUAGAACUGGUCAUGACUGUAAAUGUUGAUUUUGAAGAUUUAAAUUAAAAGGUGGUCUUUAAGUACUAAAACUUUAAAGUACAGUAUGCAUCCACAG